AAAUGGACGAAUAUCGAGAGCUGAUUAGUGUGCUUCCACUGGAAACUGUAGAAUAUGCAUUUGCAUAUGGAUCAGGUGCAAUCCAGCAACAAAAUGAGGAUAAAUCGGAAAAAAUGGUGGAUUUUGUGAUUGUCACUAAAAAUGCUCAAGAAUUCCACCGCGACAACAUUCUCAAAAAUCCCCAACACUACAGCCUACUCCGGCUUAUGGGCCCGAAAAUGAUCGAGAAAAUUCAGUGUAAUUUUGCGGCUCGUGUCUAUUACAAUACUCAUGUAAAAGUCGGGAAGCGGAAGAUCAAGUACGGAGUGAUUUCGUACGAGAAUGUGAAGCAGGAUCUUCUGGAUUGGAGGUGGAUUUAUAUUUCUGGGCGGCUACACAAGCCGGUACUGGAGGUGAUCAAGCCGCGGCAGGAUAUGUGUGAUCUGGUGACUGAGAAUCGUAGAUCAGCGCUUCAUUCAUCGCUUCUUCUACUUCCAGAAUCUUUUACACUUAAGCAAUUAUUUCAUAAAAUCGUCGGGCUCUCUUAUACUGGAGAUUUUCGAAUGGUCGUUGGAGAGGAUAAGAAUAAAAUCAAUAAAAUCGUCGAGGGAAAUUACGAGGAGCUUCUCAGAGUCUACGAGCCACUUAUGAACGAUGAUGCUCGACUGUCGGUGAUGUCGCCGGCGAAACUGAUUCAGGAUGGAUCGACGACGGCGAUCUAUCAUCGAUUGAAUCUUUUGCCAUCGGAAGUGUUGAAUCGGAUUCAGAAGAAUAUGAAUAGAGUGCAGAAAAGGCAGCGGGAUGCUGAAGAGGUAAUCUUUUCGCUUGCUCACCGACAUGAUGUGGCUGCGACCGUUGAAACCGCAAUCGGCGGAAUCAUCCGACCAGUCUCCCUGUCUCAAACCGCGAAGAACGCCUUCUCGGCCGGAGUCACCCGUUCAAUCAUCUACAGUAUGGCAAAGAUGAGCAAGUUCUUGAAGAGCAAGUGAUGAUAAUUUCGUGAUAACAAGUUUAGAAUGGUUUAUAGUUAAUAAAUUUAUUUGAUUU